UGAUACAGUUGUGAAGUUGUUAAGCAGAAGAGAAGAAAGUCAUCCGCACUUCUAUAAAAGCAAAUCAUUGACGUUGGCUGAAACUUCUUUUUUGAGAGAGAUUGAUGAAUAUUACUCAAUAUUCGUUGACAACAAAGAUGAAUAUGAGUUCCCUGAAGAAGGAUUCAGUCAACUCUUCAAGGAAGCACCUACAAACAAAAUACUGGCGCCAAUGUUGGUUAAGGAAAGGCUUUGGAUGCCAUUGAUGAUCAAUUUGGAGAAGAAGGAGAUGAUUAUCUACGACUUGGGCAAGCAUUUCUACACCAACAAAAUUAAAGACAAACAGGUGGGUGCAUAUGCUGUUGCAAUGCCUUAUAUUGCCCAGAAGAAGUUUGGGAUGAAAAAUGAUACAGAGAAAUCUCCGUUCAGAAUCAGUAUUAUAAAUUGCAUACCUCAGGUUGAUAAGAUUGAAGAUAGUGGUGUCUUCAUGCUGAAGACAAUCGAAUGUUUGGCUAUGAGCAUAACAACACAUGGCAAUCUUAAAAAUGAGUCAAUUGGUGAUUUACGGAAGAAAAUGGCGGUUGAUAUCUUUGCAGAAUUACAAAAUGACUAGGAUAAUGGAAGUUUGCAUCUUGCUGGUAUAUGAACGUGAUCGCAGGAAUGGUGCUUUAGAUUAUUGCAUCAAGAACAAUAUUUUUGCAUCAAG